AUGUCUAGCCAACCGAGUUCAAGCCGUCUACUAGACCUACCCAGAGAGCUCCGCGAUAUGAUAUACGAAUACGCACUCACUGAAGAUCAGGGUCUCCUUCUUGUUGAGCGCGACGACACCCAGAAGAGUUUCAAGGGAUGCCGACCGACUGAUCCCAGCACCGAGUCCAACUGCCUCAAAUACGUUUGUCGUCAGCUAUACUACGAAACUAAAGGCUUAGGUCUUGGUCUGAACGAUCUUACCAUCCGCUCGGGAUUUCGGGAGCAAACCGAAGAUUUUAUUACAUUCCUUGGUACAUGCUCGGUCGGCCAGCAACAGUGCAUUCGGAAAGUCACUCUGUGCACUAGAUACGACCUUUUCACUGGCUCCGAAAAACGUGAUUCGGAGUGGCCUUUUGGUCAACUGCUGCAGAUGAGCGCCUUCCAUCCUCACAUCACCUUUCACCUGUAUCUCGCCCACCUCCAUGAAUCCUCCAGGGGCGACUGGUUCAUUCAUGAAGCCACCUUGUUGUACUAUGCGAAGCACGGUUUAGAUGUCAAGCAUCCCACCGUCAACAAUAGAUUACACGGCUUUUGUAAGGAGGGGCAUUUUUUCUUACCCAAAAUACCCAACCAGAUUCGGGUGUUUCCUGGUGCGGGACCAGGCCUUAUUCACUGCCCACCUCGCUCCAAAUUCACACCGGGCAAGUGGAGCGAAAGGGAAGUGACAGUCUUUCGGGAAGAGAUUGAGAAGUGGUGUGGUGAGGGUAUCUGA